AAAAGACUCAAACUUUGAGAAAACAAACAAACAAAACACCUUCAUUCUCCUCCUCCUCCAGAUCAAAGCUUCCCUUUUUUACCCUCGUUUUUUCCAAUUCGCGUCAAGAGAGAGAGACAAAGAAAGAAGAGAGAAUCUUUGUUGUUCCAGAUCGUGAAGAAGAAGAUGUGGGAAGAAAGAAUGAAGAUGAUGAUGAGUAUCUGUUAUUCUUCCCUGUUUCAGCCCUAAUUCUGGGUCUUUCUUAAUUUGUUUUUCUGGGUUUGAGCUGCUGAUUCCGGUUGAUUAAAGGGUUCGUUUUGGAGGGCACAAAUUCGUUUUUUUUUUUCUUUGGAAAGAGAAUUAAAAGUUUUCUCCUUUAGAGUCGGCGUUGAAGGUUGAGAGAGAUUAUUAUAGUUUAGGGUUUUGGAUAUCUGAAUUUGGUGAAUGUCGAUGGAGUCUCGUGUGGGAAACAAAUACCGUCUCGGCCGGAAGAUUGGAAGCGGUUCAUUCGGAGAGAUCUAUCUUGGUACUCAUAUUCAAACGAAUGAAGAAGUUGCAAUCAAGCUCGAAAAUGUGAAGACGAAACAUCCACAGCUACUCUAUGAAUCAAAGCUGUACAGAAUUCUACAAGGAGGAACUGGUGUUCCAAAUGUGAAGUGGUUUGGUGUUGAAGGUGACUACAAUGUUCUGGUGAUGGAUUUACUUGGGCCUAGUCUUGAAGACUUGUUCAAUUUCUGUAGUAGGAAACUUUCCUUGAAGUCAGUACUCAUGCUCGCAGAUCAAAUGAUAAACCGUGUUGAGUUUUUCCAUUCGAAAUCUUUCCUCCACCGAGAUCUUAAGCCAGACAACUUUCUUAUGGGUUUAGGAAGGCGUGCAAACCAGGUAUACAUUAUCGACUUUGGUCUUGCUAAGAAAUACCGGGAUAAUACUACCCAUCAGCACAUUGCUUACAGAGAAAAUAAGAAUCUCACUGGAACUGCAAGAUAUGCUAGUAUGAACACUCACUUGGGAAUUGAGCAAAGCCGAAGGGAUGACCUAGAGUCUCUUGGUUACAUUCUCAUGUAUUUCCUAAAAGGAAGUCUUCCUUGGCAAGGACUUAAAGCUGGAACCAAGAAACAAAAGUAUGAGAGAAUCAGUGAAAAGAAAGUCUCUACAUCCAUUGAGUCAUUGUGCCGUGGUUACCCAUCCGAAUUCGCAUCUUACUUCCACUACUGUCGUUCGCUUCGAUUUGAUGAUAAACCAGAUUACGGUUAUCUCAAAAGAAUAUUCCGGGAUCUCUUCAUCCGCGAAGGGUUUCAAUUCGAUUAUGUGUUUGACUGGACCAUAUUGAAAUAUCAACAGUCACAACUAACAGCUCCUCUAUCACGUGGCUUAGUAAGUCAUGGGGUUGGAACUAGUGCGGGUUUGCCUCCUGGACUAACCAGCAUGGAUAGAUACGGAGGCGAGGAAGAAGGAGGGAGACCACCAAUGGAUUCAUCACGAAGGAGAAUGUCAGGAGCUCUUGAAAACUCUGGCAACUUUUCAUCAAGAGGCCCAAUGAUGCCAAGCUCGUCGCUGUUCGCACAAUCAGCAGGAUCAUCGAGGAGAGUAACGUCGGAGGAACUACAAAGAUGCCGUACCGGGGCCGGAUUAAGAAACUCUCCGGCGAUAACAACGUCGGAAGGGAAGAGAUCUGCUUCAACCAGAAAACAUUACGAUUCUGCCAUCAAAGGCAUCGAGACCCUCCAAGUCUCUGACGAAAGGUUUCACCACCACUGAAUCCAUCCAUCCAUCGUUUAGCAGAGUUGUUGUGUUUUCUUCAGAGCUUUUUUAUAUGAUAUAUAAAGCUUUGGACUCUAUUAUACUGCAGAAACGAGAUUGAUUUUUUUUCUUUCUAAAGUUCAUUAAUCGCUUUUUUUGUUCUGUUUUUUUUUUUUUUACUACGAAGGGAAGUUAAAUUCAGUGUUUUGGAAUUGGAACAUCGCAUAAAGUAUUAAUUACGUUAUAGCGUUUA